AUGACGCAUGAGGCAGCUCCCGAGUGGGCCCGCUCGAUUCUGGCUUCGGUGACGGGCAUCGACGCAAAGCUCUCGUCGUUCCAGAUCGAGAUCACGUCGUCUGUCACGGAGAUGCGCUCGGACUACAGCCAGUUGGCCGCGAGGAUGGACAUCCUCGAGGCAAGCAUGGAGCAAUAUCAGUCGAGCGAGGAUGCUGAGCGUCAGGUAAGGAUGCAGAAGCUCGAGUCCAUGGUCCAGAAGCUGGGGAGCCAGCUCAACGACACGCCAGCAGACGCGUUCGACCUCAGUAGGAAGGCGAUCUUCGAGUUCAACUCAGCAUCGGCAGCGUCGGAUUUUCUUAGCAACUUCCAGGAGAUUGAAGGCGAGCUUCAGUUCCCUGAUCCCAAAGGCGGACAUUUCGUGCUCAAAGUCCGCAGAGACCUCAAGGUCAAAGAUCGUCGUCUGUUUCUCGCAAUGGGCAAGCUCAGACAGAAGCUCGAGGCACUGCUCAAUGGCAGGUUCACGGUUGGCUCGAACGGACUCGGUGGCGACGUCUACAUACUGCGCGGUGAGGAGGACCCUGUUCAGUGUGCCCACGUGUCGGUACUCGAAGUUGCUCGCCGCAGCCCCGCGAUAUUUUUCUCUACCAAGAUGCUCUGUGGUCUCAAGGAACUGGGACUGACCGCGGAGUUCCCAGCACUGGGACCGUACGCUCGCGCGGUGCAGUUGCGCGCGGCUAUCGCAUGCCCUGCGUUUGCUCAGGUUCAGGCGCGGCUGGAAGCCGCCACCUCGACGGAACGGAUACGGAAUGGGAUGGAGGAUGGGGUAUGCAUUGCUAGGACACUGACUGGGUGGUGGAGGGACUCUUUUGUGCGACAGAUGUGCCUUGUGUGCAACGGCUGCCAGCAGAUCGCUGAAGCGGUCCCGCGCGAUUUCCCUAAGAAGAAGCUCCAGCGUCGGUUCCUGAAGGCCCUCAUCGCUCGGGACCCCGUGGACCUCGCUGCGCGCCCGCUGCGCUUCUCCGCCGCGUCGGAGGUCAUCCUCACGUCUUGCGCCUCCCGCGGGGCGGAGCUCGAGCUCGGAAGACUGGGGGCCCAGACUGGGCUUGUCCAGGAUCAGGCGCGGGGCCCGCAGGACGAGGACGCCUUCGUGCGGGGGACCGCGCAGUACCAGAAGGACAACCUGCCCAAGGACUCCCCAGACGGGAGCCCCAGCACGAGCGACUUCUUCAAGGAGGUCGCAGGCCUACGCGUACUGGAAGCAGAUGUGGACCAGAAUUCGGAGGAUGACAGCGUCUUUCAGUCGAUGUGCGUCUACAUGGAGGCCAAGGGCCAGUUCUUCAACUACCUCCGCUCCGAGGAGGAGCUCACGGGCGAGCGCGAGACGCAGGCCGCCGAGCGCGAGGCCCAGGCGGCCGAGGCGGAGCGGCGGGAGAAGGCGAGGGUCAAGGAGGCGGAGCAGGGCCUGCGCGCGGCGGCGGCCGAGAGCGAGGCGGAACGGCGGCAGCUUAUCAAGGACGGCGAGUCGGCGCUGCUGGACAGCGAGGCCAUGCCGCUCCGGCAAUACCUCCUCAACAGUGUCGUCCCGACGCUCUCGGAGGGGCUCUCGAAGGUCUGCAAGGAGAGCAGCCCGACGACCCCAUCGAAUUCCUGGCGCAGUACCUCUUCGCGCACGCCCAGGACAUCGAGAGCGGCAGGCCGCAGUGACGUCGGGCGCUCCCCCGGGCGUCCCCUCGCGCUCGGGCGUCGAUCCUGGCCCCCUUCCCCCCCCCCUCACCUGUUGCUGUCCACUGCAUUCACUUGCUGCACGCUGCCUGCACUAGGAAAACUUCCGAGUGACGCUGACUUGUGA